AUGGGCAAAUUUAAGUCUUCCUCCAAGACCUCUAAGGUAGAGGAGAAGUCCAAGCCCGCUGGCCUUCCUUUCGGUGGUGCCUCUCUGGACCCAACAUUGUCCUCUCUAUUCGCCCAAAGUGCUGGUCCCGUGCAAACACCCACAGUCAAGUACGUUGAGCCUAUCCGAAAGCCCAAGAAGGACGAAAAGGAUGUCGCAGAGGAGGACGACGAGGAAUUGUCCUCCGGCGAUGAGGUGAUGGAUGAUGCUGCCGAUGACAGUGAUUCUGAGCCCACAGAGGAAAAGGAAGAACCCACAGAGACACAAAACCGGAAGCGCAAGCGUGGCAAUGCUGGCGAGGAAGUGGAGGAGACUUACAUGCGUCGCAUCGCAAAGGAAGAAGAGAAGGACGCAGAAAAGCGCAAGUCCGAACACGCCAAGCGCCAAAAGCAGAUUGCUGAAGAAGGCAGCGAGGACGAAGAUGAGGAUGAGGAAGAGAAAGAGAAGAGCUCCGACAAAGAAUCCACCGAGGAGAGCAGCGAUGAGGAAGAGGACGCCCCUGUUCCAGUUCACGAAAGCGUGGCUGGAACCACCCAAUCUGAUGAAGUCGAGAAAUCCAACCGUACUGUGUUCCUGGGCAACGUUUCCACCGAAGCCAUCAAGUCCAAGACCGCCAAGAAAACUCUCCUGCGACACCUGGCUUCGUUCUGCGAUUCGCUCCCGGAGUCUACAGGACCUCACAAGAUCGAGUCCAUUCGCUUCCGCUCUGUUGCCUUCGCCAGCGGUGGCGGUAUCCCCAAGCGUGCAUCUUUCGCGAAGCGCGAGAUUCUUGAUGAGACCACCCCCAGCACCAACGCCUACGCCGUUUACUCCACACUCCAGGCUGCACGCAAGGCUCCCGCCGCUUUGAACGGCUCCAUCGUUUUGGAUCGCCACUUGCGAGUGGACAGCCUUGCCCACCCUGCUGAAAUUGACCACAAGCGUUGUGUCUUUGUUGGCAACCUCUCCUUCAUCGAUAGCGAGACACCGGAAGAAGACGAGAAGACCGGCAAGAAGAAGAAGGUCCGCGCGCCCGCCGAUAUCGAGGAAGGUCUGUGGCGUAUCUUCAACGCCCACACCGGCGGCAAGGACAAGAAGGCCAUCAAGAAGAACGUCGAGUUUGUGCGUGUCAUCCGCGACAGCACGACACGCGUUGGCAAGGGCUUUGCCUAUGUCCAGUUCUACAACGGUAACGCUGUGGAAGAGUCCCUCCCUCUGAACGGCAAGAACUUCCCGCCCAUGCUCCCUCGCAAGCUGCGCGUUACUCGUGCCCGCAAGGUGGUGGCUAAGAAGUCCCAGACCGCCGGACCUGAUACCAAGAAGUCCCGUGUGGACGAGGCUCAAAAGACCAUGCAGGGACGUGCUAAUAGGCUGCUUGGUCGUGCUGGUGCCGCUAAGGUCAAGGCUGAAGCCAACAGUACCGUUGCUGGUAACUCGUUUGUGUUUGAGGGUCACCGUGCCACUGAGGGAUCAUCGUCUAUCAAGAUGAAGCAGAAGAGCCGUGGCCAGAAGGCUAAGCGGAAUACUAGGAGUCUUAAGCGUGCUGCUGCCUACAAGGCUGCGGGUGGCAGACGAGACUAG